UUAUUUUUUUUCUACUUUGACAUUUUAAUUCACCCCUUCAAUACUGCAUUCUAAAUUCUAGAGGAAAACAAUCUUAAAUGACCAAGAGUUUCACUGCUGAACAAUUCUGUUUUGCUUGGCAGAAACUCUUCUGCUGACCAAGUCACAUUAGAAUGGUGAAGGUUCUUCACUCAGUCAUGUAUAUCAAAUGAGGGAAAGUAGGGAAGCUGUCAUAAUAUUUAACUUGUAGAAAAAUGCACUCAGAAUUUCAGGAACUAAGUUCAGGAAGUUAAGAUGAAUUGCGUUGUUCCUAACAGGGACAAGUGAAAGAAAUGUAGAAACACAGCUGCAUCAUGAACCUUUUACAGCAUGUCUGUCUUGCUGCCCUUUGUACUGCAUUAUACAAAAAGCCUACUUGGGAUGACUGCCAACAGCUCUUACAGGCCCUCUUAACCUCAAAAACAAAAAAAAAAAAAAAACAAAGAGUGUUCCUAGAGGCCAGAAAGCAUGUUCUGGGAGAUGAUGGGCAUCCCACCCAGCUGCCUGAGGACCAAACUGGGAUUUUAAUACAGCUGAAGGUAAGGGACACCAACGCCUUUAUCGCCAGUUGCUUCUAGCGGGUAUCCGAGGGGCUAUACGACGCCCUACUAAUUUGGCUCAGGUAAAACAGGUAUUACAGGAAGCAGGGGAAACUCCCUCCGCCUUUCUAGAGAGACUUAAGGAGGCCUACCGUAUGUACACUCCCUAUGACCCAGAUGACCCAGGACAAAUGACGAGUGUCUCUAUGUCCUUCAUCUGGCAGGCUGCUCCAGAUAUCAGGACUAAGUUACAGAGGUUAGAAAAUUUGCAGGGCUAUACAUUACAGGAUUUAUUUAAAGAAGCUAAAAAAAAAAAAAAAAGAAGAAGAAGAUAGAGUUCGCAGAGAGAGGGAAGAGAGAGAAUUGAGUCGAAUCUUGGCCGCCGUAGUUCAGGGCCAAGAAAGGAAGGGAGAUAGGGGGGAGCUCGAAAGGGGCUGAAGCUGGAUAAAGAUCAAUGUGCCUAUUACAAAGAAAAAGGGCACUGGGCCAGAGAGUGCCCCAAGAAGCCUGGCGGACCCCGAAAGCCUCGACCACGAACCUCCCUCUUGGCUCUAGAUAAAGAUUAGGGAGGUCAGGGCCAGGAGCCCCCCCCCCCGAGCCCAGAGUAACGCUUAAAGUUGGGGGGCAGCCGGUUACUUUCCUGGUAGACACAGGAGCCCAGCAUUCAGUCCUCACCCAAGCUUCAGGACAACUCAGCGAACGGACAGCCUGGGUACAAGGAGCUACUGGUGAGAAACAAUACCGAUGGACUACGGACCGCCGGGUUCAGCUGGCUACCGGUAAGGUGACCCAUUCCUUCUUACAUGUUCCGGACUGCCCGUACCCUCUGCUGGGCCGUGACCUGCUCACCAAACUAAAAGCACAAAUUCAUUUUGAGGAAGGAGGGGCCCGAAUAACUGGCCCCCACGGAACUCCCCUUCAAGUUCUAUAAAUAUAGACUAUAUAAACUGAGACAGGACAAGCCACAAUCCCUAGAAAUAGACACUUGGGUCACAAAUUUUCCACUGGCUUGGGCAGAGACUGGUGGGAUGGGGUUGGCGCUCCAACAGCCCCCCUUAAUUAUACAGUUAAAGGCCACUACAACUCCAGUCUCCAUAAAACAAUACCCCCUGUCACAUGAAGCUUAUCAAGGUAUAAGGCCUCACAUUAUGAGGCUUCUGGAUCAAGGCAUCCUAGUCCCCUGCCGGUCGCCUUGGAAUACGCCUCUUCUGCCUGUUAAGAAACCUGGCACUGGAGAUUAUAGGCCAGUACAAGACUUGAGAGAGGUCAACAAGAGGGUAGAAGAUAUUCAUCCGACUGUUCCAAACCCUUACAAUUUGCUCAGUACACUGCCCCCUACACAUACUUGGUAUACGGUUUUAGACCUGAAAGAUGCCUUCUUUUGCCUCCGGCUGAGCCCGAAAAGCCAACCCUUAUUUGCCUUUGAGUGGAAAGACCCUGAAAUAGGGCUUUCAGGACAAUUAACUUGGACAAGACUGCCUCAAGGGUUUAAAAACAGUCCAACGCUCUUUGAUGAGGCCUUACAUCGGGACUUAGCUGACUUUAGGGUUCAGCAUCCCACCCUCAUACUCCUGCAAACCUUUUGAACUGUUCAUCGAUGAGAAACAGGGGUAUGCUAAAGGGGUCCUAACACAAAGGUUGGGACCCUGAAAACGCCCUGUGGCCUACCUGUCUAAGAAAUUGGACCCUGUGGCCUCCGGCUGGCCACCGUGCCUAAGGAUGGUGGCUGCUAUUGCUGUCCUGAUCAAGGACGCUAGAAAAUUGACUUUGGGACAGCCACUCACCAUCCUAGCACCCCACGCAAUAGAGGCCUUGAUAAAGCAGCCCCCAGACCGCUGGCUCUCUAAUUCCCACAUGACCCACUACCAAGCCUUGUUACUGGAUGCAGAACGGGUUCAGUUUGGGCCCGUAGUCGCCCUCAAUCCUGCCACCUUGCUUCCUCUACCAGAGGAGACAGAACAGCAUGACUGCCUACAAAUCCUCGCAGAAGUACAUGGAACCAGGCCGGACCUAUCGGACCAGCCUCUUCAGAAUGCUGACCACACAUGGUACACAGAUGACAACAGCUUCUUGGCAGAGGGAGAGCGAAAGGCUGGAGCUGCAGUCACUACGGAGGACAAAGUGAUUUGGGCGAAAGCCCUGCCUGCAGGUACCUCCGCACAACGGGCUGAACUCAUCGCCUUGACUCAGGCGCUCAAGAUGGCAAAAGGUAAGAGGCUAAAUGUAUAUACAGACAGCCGUUAUGCCUUUGCCAUGGCACACAUCCACGGGGAGAUCUAUCGGAGGCGGGGGCUGCUCACAUCUGAGGGUAAAGAUAUUAAAAAUAAGGCUAAAAUUCUGGCCCUCUUAGAAGCCCUAUUCUUGCCCAAAAGACUGAGUAUUAUACAUUGUCCAGGACACCAGAAAGGGCACAACCCAGAGGCACGAAGAAACCGGCUGGCCGAUGCCACGGCGCGAGAAGCGGCCAUGAGCAAACAAAUCUUGCCCUUAAAUAGCCCAGACCAACCCACGCCCCCACCAGUGGGACAAACCAGUUGGGUUUAUGCCCAUGAGGACAUAGAGCUCCUAGAAAAAAAAUGGGGGCCAUCUACCACCCUCAACUAAAACAGUGGGUCUACAAAAAAAAGACAGUUAUGCCAAUAAAAAUGACUUUUAAAUUGAUCUCCUUUUUACAUAAAUUAACCCAUUUGGGGUUUAAGAAGAUGAAAACCUUACUAGAUCGGGAAGAGAUAAAUCUGUGGGUUUUUUUUUUUUUUUUUUUUUUUUGAAUCGGGACAAAGCGAUACAAAAGGUGACUGAGAGUUACAAAGCAUGCGCUCAGGUUAACCCGGGAAGGACCAUGAUUGGACAAGGAGUUCGUCCUAGGGGACACCGUCCCGACAUCCAUUGGGAAAUUGAUUUUACUGAAAUUAAACCAGGUAUAUAUGGAUACAAGUAUCUCCUAGUGUUUGUAGACACCUUCUCAGGAUGGGUCAAAGCCUUCCCCACGAAGCACGAGACUACAAAAAUGGUCACCAAGAAGCUCCUCGAGGAAAUCUUUCCCA